UCUCUCUCUCUCUCUCUCUCUCUCUCCCUAUAAAACAGAUUACAGUUAACAAAUCAAACCCAAAACCAAACCAACCCAACCCAACCCAAAACCCGAUCUUUUAAACCACCCAAGCUGCUAAGCUUAAGCCACUGCUUGCUGGCCGAGCCGUUCCCCUCUCUCUUUCGAAGAGCCGAUCCAUCUUACAUGCAGCAGCCGCCGCCGUCGUUACCCAUUUCCCAGAAUUCCAGGAAGCGGCUGCUUAUGGACCCCGACGUGAUCGAAAUCCCACAUCCGGUUUCUCACACUAACGGCCAGCCUAAACUCAAACAGGUUAUACUUCAUGAAGUUAUUGAUGUUGACAACGAUGAAGAAUACCCUGAUGUCAUGAUCCUUGAUGAGAAAGUUGACUCAAAAAAUAAAGGGAUAGCUAUAGAAGAUAAUUCUGAAGGUUACAAUCAAGCUAAGGACACUUUGGCCAAUUAUCUUAUCUGUCCUUCUAAAAGCUCUGCCCCAGGAUCACAUAAAACAAUCAUCAUAGAUGGUGUUAGUUCCGAUUUGUUAUAUGAAAAUGAUUAUUUUGAUUCCUUUUCUGAUGACUUCAUGGAUUUUGACAAGUAUGCAUCUUUACAAGCCCACUUCGAUAAUGUGGAUAUUCCUCCUGGAGUGGAGGCACCUGUUCCUUGGUUGCUGGGUUCUGCUCAUAAGACAAUGAAUACUCUUGAUGAAAGUGAUUCUUUGACUAUGAAAAAUAAAAAGAAUUUGAAUGCUCUGGGUUCAGGGUCAUUACAACCUACUGAUGUUUGCAAGAAGCCUGCUUCAGUUAGUAGUUCAGGUUUCCAAAUUACAGUGGACUCUGCAAGUCAGGCUUCUGGUGCAGACAUAUCCUCUCCUUGGUCUGUUCACAAUAAGAAGAAAUUAAGCGCUUCACAACAUGGGGGGACCUCUACAAAUCCUAUUCCUACAACUCUCCCGAAGAAAAAGAUACCAGUUACUUCGAGUAGUUCCAUUAAUUAUAGUUCUCUGAGCCAAUUGCACAAAGUGGCAAUUCCUUUUGGUGUUGAGCCACCCCAGUUGGGACACGCAUUCAAUUUAGAUGAUCUUAUUAGUCCAAGUUUUCCUGCAAAUGUGGAUGGAUUGAAUCACCCUUCUGUAGUAGGUCCCUAUAUGUCUUGGUUCACAUCUAAAUUCAAAUCUUCAAACACUAACCAUACAAGUCACUCAGAUUUCUAUGAUCCAUUUCAUGCUGAACAUAUUCUUCCUGAAGAAGGUGUAAGAAGAAUUCCGACAGAUGUAAAUGAAGAUGAUAUUCUGAGGAAAUACCAACUUUUUAAGCGGUUUGAUACAGUUGAAGAUCAUUCAGAUCAUCACUAUACUUCUAAAGGUUCUUCAACUAAGCAGCCACACAAGAAUUGGUCCAAGAGAAUUCAGGAGGAAUGGAGAAUCCUGGAGAAUGAUUUGCCAGAUACUAUAUUUGUUAGGGUUUAUGAAUCAAGGAUGGACCUAUUGAGGGCUGCAAUUAUUGGAGCUGAGGGUACUCCCUACCAUGAUGGUCUCUUCUUCUUUGAUGUUUUCUUCCCUAGUGGUUAUCCCAGUGUACCACCGCUUGUCUACUAUCAUUCUGGUGGUCUUCGAAUCAAUCCAAACUUGUACAGCUGUGGAAAGGUAUGCCUCAGCCUUCUUGGCACCUGGCAUGGUAAUGAAAAUGAGAAGUGGCUUCCUGGUGUGUCGACUGUGCUACAAGUUCUGGUCUCCAUACAAGCACUCAUAUUGAAUCAGAAGCCCUUUUUUAAUGAGCCUGGAUAUGAAUAUAUGAGUGGCUCACCAAAUGGUGAAAUACAAUCUCAGCAAUACAAUGAGAAGACAUUUAUGUUAUCACUGAGGACAAUGGUAUAUGCAAUGAGAAGGCCACCAAAGCAUUUUGAGGACUUUGUUUUGGGCCAUUUCCACAAGUACGCUAAUGAAAUUCUGGUGGCAUGUAAAGCAUACAUGGAUGGUGCUCAGGUGGGGUGUCUGGUCAGAGGUGGGGUUCAGGAUGUUGAUGAGGGUGACAAGAGCUGCUCAAAGGGUUUUAAGGACUCUUUACCCGGAUGUGUUGAACUGCUUUUGAAGGAGUUUUCACUAAUUGGAGUCAAGAACACCGAAAAAUUCCAAACUUUGGCAAAAAUGGGGAAUAAUCGAGUGGGUAAUCUGCCCAAGGCCGCAAUAUGAAUGAGUUCUUGAUCUCUGAAUGAUGAAUGAGUUCUUGAUGAGUAGUCAAUUUUGAGACUUGAUGCAAAGCGUCUUAACAUCUCUCACAUGGAAGUAUAGGUCUCUCCAAUUUUAUAUUGAAAGGUUCAAAAUUUAAUUAUGGAGAAUUAUAUCCUUGUUUCUACAAGAUACAUACUUUCAAAUUGUACAGAGGUGUAGAUAUGGAUCAAGGUCCUUGGAUGGAGACUAUAAAAUAUUAUCUAAUUAAUUACAUCCCUAUCA